UCCCCGCCAGACCGCCGUUGCCCCGACUCGAACGCGGGGCGAAAAUUCCUUCGAACCCCUUCAGAUCUCGCUUCUGGAAGCUUCCGACCCGGAGUGGGGAUGUCUUCGGAACCCACUCCCGCCACCAACGCUGCCGGUGGGGGCAAGCAGCGGCGGGGCCGGUGGUGGUACGCGGCAGCGGGGGCCCUCCUCGUGGCGUUUCUCGCCGUGGCCGCGGGCUCCCGCAGCUUCCCCGGCAUCCACUCCUUCUCCUCGCGAGGAGGCUGUGGCUGCCCCGCGGCGAGGAAGUACACGGGGAUGGUGGAGGACUGCUGCUGCGACUACGAGACGGUGGACGCCAUCAACGAGGAGGUCCUGCACCCGAUCCUGCAGGAGCUCGUCAAGUUGCCCUUCUUCAGGUACUUCAAGGUUAAAUUGUGGUGUGACUGCCCCUUUUGGCCUGAUGAUGGAAUGUGCCGGCUUAGAGACUGUAGUGUCUGUGAGUGCCCAGAGAAUGAGUUUCCUGACACAUUCAAGAAGCCUUAUAGUGGACUUCCUACAGAUAAUAUGAUCUGUCAAGAAGGAAAACCACAGGCUGCAGUUGAUAAAACCCUUGACAGAAGGGUUUUUAAAGGAUGGGUCGAGACUGACAAUCCAUGGACCUAUGAUGACGAGACUGAUAAUGAUGAAAUGACUUAUGUCAAUCUCCAACUGAAUCCUGAACGUUACACUGGUUAUUCUGGUGAUUCAGCGAGAAGGAUAUGGGAUUCGAUUUACAAAGAAAAUUGUCCAAAAUAUCCUUCAGAAGAGCUGUGCCAGGAGAAGAAGGCAUUGUACAAGCUAAUUUCUGGGUUGCACUCCUCAAUUUCAGUGCAUAUUGCUUAUGAUUAUCUACUCGAUGAAUCUACUAACUUGUGGGGACAGAAUCUCUCUUUGCUGUAUGAUCGGGUUCUGAAGUACCCAGAGCGUGUCCAGAAUCUGUACUUCACCUACCUCUUUGUUCUUCGGGCAGUGACAAAGGCAGCAGAUUAUCUUGAGCAGGCUGAGUACAACACUGGCAAUCCUGAAGAUGACAUGAAAACACAAUCUCUUGUGAAGCAGUUGCUUUACAAUCCCAAGUUAAGAUCUGCAUGCCCAUUACCAUUUGAUGAAGCGAAACUCUGGCAAGGCGAAAAUGGUCCAGAGCUAAAGCAAGAGAUUCAGAAACAAUUUAGAAAUAUUAGUGCAAUUAUGGACUGCAUUGGAUGCGAGAAGUGUCGAUUAUGGGGAAAGCUCCAAGUUCUUGGUCUUGGAACUGCACUGAAAAUUCUUUUCUCUGUUGAUGGAGAGCGCCAUUUGAAUCAUCCACUGCAGCGAAAUGAGGUCAUUGCAUUGUUCAAUCUUCUGAAUAGACUGUCAGAAUCUGUCAAGUUUGUACACGAAAAAGGACAAUCAAUCGAAGAAGUCAUUAAACAACAGAGCUCUUCAACAGUGCAAAAGGGUGCUUCCGAGCCGAAUCUUAAACUGGCCUUCCACUGAUGUGUAAGAGGGCAAUUUGUAUUUACACCUUAUUUCUCCAUACGGGAAGAACAAUAUGUACAUGCUGGAAGCAGUUUCCUAGAUGGUUUUGUUGCAGCCCAAGAAAAGACAUACAGACCUUUGGAGCUAAACAGUGACAAAGUUUACGUAGCCUCUUUUGCACCCCUUCAUUUUUGGGGGUUCCGCCCCUUUGCAUUUUCCAUGUAUAGUGUACCUCCACCAGUAAGGAUCUCAACGCUUUCACAUUCGCCAUGAUUAAGAAAGGCCCACCUAACUUACAGUUUUCCCAUCUUAUUUUUCCUUGUACUAACUGUGAUCAUAUGACUGCUAACGAGCAAAUAACUUUUUUGUCAA